AUGGAACUGAUCACCUAUUUCGGUAUUUGCCUUCUCAGCAUCCUGGUUGCCAAUCCUUUCCUAGGAGCUGAGGCAGACACCUGUGCAAGAGAGUGGCUGCAGAAUCAGGGAAACUGUUAUGCGUAUUUCGAUAACAAGCUGACCUGGCAAGAGGCUGAGAUUGAAUGCCAGAGCUAUGGCCGUGGAGCCCACCUUGCCUCCAUCCUGACCAACGCAGAGACCCUCCUGGUGGCCGAACACAUCUCCACUUACCAGCGGAAACUAAGUGAUGUCUGGAUCGGGCUCCAUGAUGUCCGUCAGACCAGGAAAUGGAGGUGGGCUGAUGAAUCGGUCUACAACUACGUGUCCUGGAUGAGCCAGCAGCCCGACAACUAUCACAACAAUGAGCACUGCGUGGAGCUCCGUCGAUCCACAGGAUUCAAACAGUGGAAUGAUAUUCCUUGCAAGAAACUCAACGCCUACAUCUGCAAGCACACACUCUAGAGAAGAUCCCAGCUCCAACUGUGCCUGCUGGAUCCAUCCAUGUGAGAUCAGCUGAUAGAGUGACAUCUUGCAAAGUGAAACAUGGAGUCCACACAUGCUCUUCCAAAUUUCAGUCUUGGAGGAGCUGCCUCAGGGGUCCCCCUCCUGACCUUUGCUAAUGGCUGCAGCACAGUGAAAAACCAAUAA